GAAGCGAAAGAACCGGAGGUUAAGGAAGUGUUGAGCGAAGAGGCGGUCAAACAAAAAGAAGACACAAUUUGGCAACAAUUUUGUGCAGAUUUACCCAAAUCUGAGGACAAAAACAAUUUAAGUAAUAUUUUAAGCAAUGAGUCGACGACCGAAAGCGCCGGCGUUUCCGGCAAACAGACGAUAACCAAAGUGUAUGACUUCGCCGGACAGGAGGUGAAAGUGACCGAAGAAGUGGAGACCAACUCUAUAACGACUGUCAACACAAGCGAUGAAAGUGUUGUCAAUAGUAUUGUCGGAAACGAAGUUCCCGUCAAACCAGUGAAAAGAGCGGGAGGUUUGGGCGGACUUCUCAACCAAUUAAAGAAACCAAAGAUCAAUACUUUGACGAAGAGUUUUAUGGAUUGGAAUAACUAUAAGAAGGAGGAGGGCAUUGAAGAAGAGCUUAAACAACAUAAUAAAAGUAAAGAUACUUAUGUUGAGAGACAGGCUUUCCUUCAGAGAUCAGACUUAAGACAAUUUGAAAACGAAAAACAAAUUCGAGAAAAGAAUAGAUCCCAAAGAAAUCUCUCUAAAGACUAA